AUGGAUGUAGGAAACUACUCUUCGGUGUCUGAGUUUUUGUUGUUGGGACUUACCAAUUCUUGGGAGAUGCAAAUUCUUCUGUUUCUGCUCUUUACAAUAUUUUAUAUAGCAAGUAUGCUGGGAAAUCUUCUCAUUGUUCUCACAAUCAUUUCAGAUCAUCACUUGCAUUCCCCUAUGUACUUUUUGCUGGCAAAUCUCUCCUUCAUUGACACAGGUGUUUCCAGCAUUGCAACCCCAAAGAUGAUUUAUGACCUUUUCCGAAAACGUAAAGUUAUCUCGUUGAAAGGCUGUAUUACUCAGAUGUUCUUCAUUCACACUGUCGGGGGUACAGAGAUGGUGCUUCUCAUAGUCAUGGCCUAUGACCGAUAUGUUGCCAUCUGUAAGCCUUUACAUUACCUGACCAUCAUGAGCUUGAGAAUGUGCAUUUCUCUUUUGGCUAUAGCUUGGACCAUAGGCUUCAUCCAUUCUGUGGCCCAAUUGGCUUUUGUUGUAAACUUACCUUUUUGUGGCCCCAACGAGAUGGAUAGUUUUUAUUGUGAUUUCCCUCGGUUCAUCAAACUUGCAUGUACGGAUACAUACAGACUAGAGUUUUUGGUCACUGCCAACAGUGGGUUUAUCUCUAUGGGCACCUUCUUCAUCUUGAUUGUGUCCUACAUUUUCAUUCUGAUCACUGUUCACAAACAUUCUUCAGGUGGUUCAUCCAAGGCUCUCUCCACUCUUUCAGCUCACAUCACAGUAGUUGUCUUUUUUUUUGGCCCUUGCAUUAUUGUCUAUGUGUGGCCAUUUCCUACCUUACCUAUAGAUAAGUUUCUAGCCAUCUUUGAUGCCCUUAUCACUCCUUUUAUGAAUCCUAUUAUCUACACAUUUAGAAAUAAGGAGAUGAAAGUGGCAAUGAAGAGACUGUUUGGUAAGGUUUUAAGCCUCAAGAAGAGUCCAUAA